AUGGAUUUCUUGCAGUCGGGUUGCGAUAACGAAGAACUCGGGAGUGGUCUUCCACUGAAUCUUUCUUUUGUUGGGAAUAAUGACUUUUUCCUUGAUGAUCAAAUGGUGAAUCAUCCUUUUCAGGUUGGUGAAGUCGCAGAACAGAUUGAGAAUCCUUGUCCGGGUUUCGGACAUGACCAAGUGUAUGUUCCGCUGCUUCCAGUGUCUGGACCCGUUCCCCUGGUUGAUGAUCAGCAACAGUCACUUUAUCUUCUUGAUAUUGACACCGAAGAAGCAAUCGAUGAUAAGAUAACUGAGGCAUCAGAAUGUGUUAUGCAAACGGUAGAGCCUGAAGAUCCUACAUUAGACAUUGAUCCUUACAUCAAAGAGCUAACGAAAUCUCUUCUCGACGACGACGAGGAAGACCCUUUGAAGGGAAACGACAGUAAUCAACAAAACACAGCUCCUACGACAGAACAUGUAGCUCGGGAAUGUCAGAAAGAUGCUGUGUCUGGUUGUGGAGUGCAUAACAAUGAUCUUUCAACGAAACAUGAUUGGAAUCUGAAUCCAGAAUAUUGCGACGGUGUUGUUGUAUGCUCGAUAAACCGGGAAUCUGAUGAGAUUCCGGAGAAUGAUCAUGUUCCUUCAGAACCGCAGAACCCUAAAGCUAGGAAAUCCUCUCAUACCUCUUCUGGAGAGAUCUUGGCUACUAAGAAACUUGGGAAGCCGUCUUUUCCUCCUCAAAGAGCAAAAUCCCGAGCCAAGAAUCUCGAGAUCAAUCCUACUAAUAAUGGCUCGAGUAAUAGAAAUGUAGAAUGCCUGAGAAUGGCGUGUAAGAGCACCGGGUUUCCUCCUUCCACCUUCCACGACAAGGUAACUAUGAUGGAGAAUCCUGCUGUUGCCAUAAAUCGUGACGAGAAAUUGGAAGAAGACCCUCUUCGAGAUCGCCAAACACAGAACGCAGUCAACGAUGCAAACGCUUCAGCCAUGGGACCGGAGGACGAUUCCGUUGAGAGCGAUGACGAUUACUUGCCUUGCUCUAUAAGUGUUGAGGCCAUGAUUCUCGAUAUGGAUCUUGCUCCUGCUGUUCAAGAUCUUUAUGAGUCGGAAGUUGCAAAAUAUCAGAAUGAAGACGUAAGAAGAGCGAUCAUACGCUUAGAGCAAAGCGCUCGCUCUCAUAUGGAACGAGAGCUCGUCUCUCGUGGAGCUCUCGCAAUCUUAUACGGAGAGAAUUCGAGAUAUUACAUCAAGAAACCCGAGGUAUUGCUCGGGAGAGCAACGGGAGAGUACCCGAUAGAUAUCGAUUUAGGAAAAUCGGGGACUAUAACAAAAGUGUCUCGACGACAGGCUCUGAUAAGCUUGAAGAAUGACGGAUCAUUCUACAUCAAGAAUCUCGGGAAAUUUCCGAUAUCUGUAAACGGCGAAGAAUUCGGAUACGGAACGGUUAAGAAGCUCAAGAACGAUGCCUUGAUCGAGAUACGAGAAAUGGCGUUUAUCUUUGAGACAAGCAAAACGUGCGUGAAAAGAUAUUUGGAAAGCAAAGAUAAUCCCAAUAACCCAUGAUUCUUUGUGUG